UUCAUUUUCAGAUCACCCCAUCCAUGGCCUUGAAGGUCUAGAUUUCCUUUGCCCUCAGCAAAGCCAAACCCAGUCAGCCCUUCCAGUCCUUGUAGACCUCUGCCUCACACGUUCACAUCUUGACCCACUGCUUAGCUGCCACGUGGACAGCCUGUGCGUUACUGUACCAAGCCAGAAAGAACUGUGUUACUACCAGAAUGUAUGCUCUUACAUCUGUAUGUUUGUAUGUGUGACGUCCCUGUCGUUCUAUCUUCCAACUAGUAGUGUUAAACUCUCUGGUCCUUUCUCAGCUUUUCUCAUUGCUCUUUUAACCACAAACAGAGAGAGAGAGAGAGAGAGAGAGAAACUGGAAGGGCUUAGUUUCUUGUUUAAGAGGAGUCAGAAAUUGGCUUUUGUCAGAUUUUCUGAAGAUUGGGGUUGCUUCUCCGUUUUCAUUUCUUAGGAUAGUUCCAAAAAUGGACUCUGUUUUUGAGACAGAGCUCAUCAGUUGAUCAUAUCUGAAGACUGAAGCUCUCCUCUUUCCUAUUUCACGGUAAACCUUGGUUUUGUCUGCCAUGAAUCGUUGCCUUCCUGAUUGGAAUUUUGAGGUUGGUGUCCCUGUGACCAGUCAGAAGAGAUCCAUGGGGUCAGACAAUGAGUUAGUGGAGCUCUUAUGGCAAAAUGGGCAGGUAGUGUUGAACAGUCAAACACAUCGAAAACCAAGUCUCAAUCCUAAUGAUUCAACUCAGAAGCAUGAUCAACCAUCGUUAAGAUUUAGUGGGUCAUGUGCGAAUUCAAGCAAUUUGAUUCAAGAUGAAGAGAAUGUGUCAUGGAUUCAAUACCCACUUGAAGAUCCCUUCGAGAAAGAGUUCUACUCAAACUUGUUCAAUGAAUUGCCACCUUCUGAUCCUAAGGAAGUUGAUAAGCCAACCAAAGAAGACAAGCUUGUUAAGUUUGGUGCUUCUGAUGCGACUCAUGUCACUGCAAACCCACAUCAACCAAAUAUUAAGCAUUCCAUUGUACCUGAAUCUCCUAGAAACUCCAUGCCCCCUCCUCCCGGAUUUCUGUUUCCUGAAUCAGCCCAACAAAAUCAUGAUUUAGGAGGUCCUGUAAAAGUUUUGAAUUUUUCUCAAUUAGGAUCUUCAAGUGGACAAUAUGGAGGUAAAGAGUCAGAUGGUUUGAUGCAAAGAGAGGUUAGAGAGUGUUCGGUAAUGACAGUUGGAUCCAGCCACUGUGACAGCAACCAAGUACCAAAUGAUGGUGUUGGGACUUCUGGUGUAUCUGCUGGACCCGUUAAAGGAGAUUUUCAGAAGGUAAUACCUCAGAGUGAGAACGGGAAAACGGAGACACUUGAGCCAACUGUUACUUCAUCUUCUGGUGGCUCAGGAAAUAGUUUUGGAAGAACAUGCAGGCAAUCUACUGGUGUCAAUAGCCAGAAGAGGAAGGAAAGGGAUGCAGAGGCUUCAGAGUGCCAAAGUGAGGGAGCUGAAAUUGAAUCAGCUGCUGGAAACAAGCCAGCCCAACGAUCAGUGUCUUCCCGCAGGAGCCGUUCUACUGAAGUGCAUAACCUCUCUGAAAGGAAACGGAGAGAUCGGAUCAAUGAGAAGAUGAAAGCAUUGCAAGAGCUCAUACCUCACUGUAACAAGACUGAUAAAGCAUCAAUGCUGGAUGAGGCAAUUGAAUACAUGAAGUCACUUCAGCUGCAACUUCAGGUAAUGUGGAUGGGAAGUGGGAUGGCUCCAGUAAUGUUUCCGGGAGUCCCUCACUAUAUCUCCCGAAUGGGCAUGGGAAUUGGUCCUCCUCCUGCUAUGCCUUCUAUUCAUAAUCCACUGCAUUUACAAAACCAGCCUGUGAUGUGCCAAACUCCAGUUUUGAAUCCUGUUGUUAACUACCAAGAUCAGAUGCAUGGUUCUGGUUUCUAUGAGCAAUAUGCACGUUACAUGCGCCUCCAUCAUAUGCAAACCGCCUCGCAGCCCUUGAAUGUAUUCAGAUUUGGUUCCCAAGCAAUGCAACAGAGUCAAACAACAGCACCGCCUGGGACUAGCGGUGGACACUUGAAUGGAGGAGCUGCAACUAAUGAUGCUGCACCUGUUUUGUAACAUUCAUAUCAUGGAAUUAAUGUACAACUAUUAGAAAAAGAAUGAUGCUUUAGUUUGGUCAAUAAUAGGUUUUCCGUAUCUCA